AUGGAGGCCAUUCUCAACUGUCAGCCAACAUAUUUGAUCGGCAACCGCUUCACAAAGAAAACCUUCCCCGGCGUACCGCACAUACAGUAUCACCUCUGUCGCUCCAGUACAAACAUGCUGCUUAAAAUAGAGAACCAACUCCUCCAGCGGCACAGGCAGAGAGAGACAACAGGCAUCAAAAAGCUGUACAAUUCAUUCUUCGUCCUUUUCUAA